AACCCGAAUGAAUAAAAAAGUUAGCUUAGAUUCAAGUUUCAACGUCGCAGAAUUUCCUUUCUUUAUUCUUUUGAUCGCUUUAUUUUCUCUCUCUCUCUGUGCGAAACACAACUUUUGCUGUCAUGAGAGUUCACCUAUGUUUAUCAUAAUACCAGUUUUAUUACUAUUCUCUCCACCACCGCAAAUACGUUGACAAUUGAGGUUUUCUACUCAUUUUCUCUGCUCGAUUUUCACACGUGUGAAUUCAACUUCAUCAAGCAGAUGAAUCCUAUUUGUUUUGAUGGCAACAAACAAGACAGUGAAGUGAAAUCUGCUGGAGGAUUUCUUACUUCGGAUGAUCCUGACAUGGAAGAUGAGUUUGGAGAGCCGGAAGUGGAACCUCGUGUUGGAGACGAGUACCAGGCAGAACUUCCUGCAUAUAUUGGGGAACCAUAUCGGUCUCAGAUUGUAAAGAAAACAGGAGAUUCAGAAAUUGCGGUCAAUAUGCCAGAGUCUUUUUCGCUAGGAUUACCCCUUCCUCUUAUGUGGACGCAUUGUGAAUUCGAUAGAAGUUGCGGUUUUGAGAGUUUAGAAUCUGGCACAAGUCGAAAGGGGCGUGUUAUUUGUGAAGGAAAAAAUGUAGGAGGGUUUUCGAAUUUUAAAUCCGCUUAUAGAAAUGGUGAGGCAGAUAUUGGCUCAGAACUGAGAACUGGACUAGAUCAGCCAAGGGGCAGAUAUCUUCUUCCUGAAUUGUUGUGUGGUCAGACUUGGACAGAUAUUGAAUAUAACAGUUUUCUCCUUGGCCUCUAUGCAUUUGGGAAGAACCUUAUUUUUUUGAAGAAAUUCGUUGGGACUAAAAGUAUGGGAGACAUAUUGUUUUUUUAUUACGGUAAAUUUUAUAAGUCUAAAGGAUAUUCCAGAUGGGCACAAUGCCGGAAGUCGAAAACUAGGCGAUGUAUAUUUGGACAGAAAAUAUUCACUGGUUGGAGGCAACAAGAAUUGCUAUCAAGACUGUUUUCCCAUGUCGCUAAGGACUGUCAAACUACUUUGACUGAGAUUUCGAAGAAUUUUGGGGAGGGAAAGAUGCCAUUUGAAGAAUACAUAUUUGCUCUAAAGAAUGCUGUUGGCAUUGAGGUCCUUAUAGUUGCAGUAGGUAUUGGCAAAGGGAAGCAUGACCUUACAGGCACCGCUCUUGAGCCACCAAAGAUCAAUCACACCCUUCCUGCCCGCCAUGAAAUGCCAGCUGGAAAAGCUUGCUCCUCUCUUACAUCUGCAGAUAUAAUGAAGAUCCUAACAGGAGAUUUUAGAUUAAGUAAAGCUCGAUCUAGUGAUCUUUUCUGGGAAGCUGUUUGGCCUCGUCUUUUAGCAAACGGUUGGCAUUCUGAAGAGCCAAAGGAUAAUUUUGUUACUGGAACAAAACAAACUUUGGUUUUUCUUGUACCUGGUGUUAAGAAAUUUUCAAGAAGGAAACUGGCCAAAGGUAACCAAUACUUUGAUUCUAUAAGUGAUGUACUGAAUAAAGUGACAUCUGACCCUAGGCUUCUUGAGACUGAAGUUCAAACAACUGAGGGUAGUGCUGAUAAGGUAAACAUGCAAAACAAUCAAAACCAAGAUGGUGUGUCAAAUACACAACAAUGUCCUUUGUUUCAAUCUCCCAGUUCAACGUGCAAACCCGAUCUCGUGAAAUUUACAAUUGUGGAUACCAGCAUGGUUCAUGAUACCGAUCAACAUAAAGUGAGACAAAUGAAAAGCUUACCUUUUCAACCUGGGAGUAUAUCUACCAUCUCAAGCUGCAGUUCUAGUGAAUCUGAGACAACUACAUCUGAAGACUCGGAAGAUCAGAUUAGGCAAGCUAAUGCUUCAAGUCCUAUUGAAGAUCGGGUUGAACAAGCUAAUCCUUCACAGCAUGCUGAAGAUCAGGUUGAACCUGCUAAUUCUACAUACCAUGUUAAAGAUCAGGUUGAGAAAAACAACUCUUCGUACCGUAUUGAAGAUCCAGUUGAACAUGCUAAUUCUUCGUACCAUAUUGAAGAUCAGGUUGAACAUGCUAAUUCUUCGUACCAUAUUGAAGAUCAGGUUGAACAUGCUAAUUCUUCAUACUGUGUUGAAGAUGAGGUUGAGCAAGCUAAUGCUUCAAACCCUAUUAAAGGUCAGGCUGAACAUACUAAUUCUUCCUACCAAGUUGAACAUGCUAAUUCCUACAACCAUGUUGAAGAAAUCUCAGAUAAGGGGAAGCGCCUAGACUUAUCAGGUCAUACUCUUAAUUUUGAUCUGAAUGAUGAUGAGCAUACAAUGGAGACGAACGAACAGCCAUUGAUCGAAAAGAUGACAUCUGAUGAUUGCAGAAAAUAUUUUCCAUGCACCACAAAAAUGCAGGAGUUAAGAGCUUGUAACUAUGGAGAGUCUAGCCUUAGUGCUAAAAAUACUUCUAUCGACAGAAAUUUUGAUUUAAAUGAGCCAUUCUCAUCGUCAGAUCCACUUGAUGCAUCUGAGGGCAUGGAUAUGUCUGUAGAUUUAGAAAGUUUGUCUUUCCCAAGUUAUCCGGCUAAAGGCAAUAACAUGAGCAAUGAAGGAAGUGUCACUGAGAAUCCCCAGGUUGGAGAAGUUUCUGCGAAAAAUUCUGAAAACAGGAUGUUGAUUGACUUGAAUUUUCCUCAAGUUGCACCUGACUUAACACUUGAAAUGGAAAUACCAUCCUCUAAGGCAAUACAGCAAAACGAUGACCAACGUGCCCAAACAUUGUCACCAUCAUCAUCUGAGACAACCCAGCACAACGCAACAGAUGAGAUUCCUGAUUUAAAUAAGGAGCACCAACCGAUCAUUGUUAACCGCCGUCAAAGUACAAGGAACCGACCGUUAACCACAAAGGCAUUAGAAGCUCUUGAGUACGGAUUUCUCAACUCAAAGAGGAAGAGGAAGAACUCAGAACCUUCAGACAACAAUUCUAAGUCGCAAUGUCUACGUCCAAGUAACGAGACAAUUGUCAGUGCUACUUGUGAUGAUAACAUUGAGAGUUCUAUGGCUGACACAAGUGCAAAGGAGGAGAAUGUCAUCCGGGAAUAUAGUUUCAUUGUUUAAAAAUAUCCAUAUACAAUUGCCAUACAUGAAGCCCAAAGCCAUUUAGUCUAUAUUCACUCACUUUCUUUUUUUCUCAGUAUUUGACUGAUAAGAAUAAUAAAAUAGCAUAAGAUUUGAUUCAAAUGAUUAUUGAUUUGCGGUUUAAAGAUGAAGGACAAUUUGUGCCAAAGUUUUAGCAGGAAUAAUACCAUUUUUAGAGGUAAUAUAAUCAA